AUGGAUGUUGUCACAGAGAGUCGGGUAUUUGUGCACAUCUGCGCCACCAAUAAUGAGCUCACUCUGCAAAGAGAGUUGGGAUGUGGCCCUGAAGUGGCUUUGAAAUACAGGACAGAAAGGAACUCAGGCCCCGGCAGUGGGGGCUCACCAAUGUGCGUGGUCGGAUCCUUUGGCAAGUCAAACUCUAUAGGAGACAAGAGUGUACGAUGGGCAAUGAAAGCAGGCAUCCGAGCAAAGAAUCGUGACCUCACGUUAUCAGAGCUGGAAGGCAGGGCUCUCCUGGAACUGGUGGGGAGAGGCCAGGCUGAAGAAAACGUGUGGUCCAACCCUGCAUUGAACGAAAGGACAAUUGUCGCCGGGGGAAAGUCAUCAGCCUUCACAGAGAAACCUGACCAGACAAACCUGGUCUUCUCCGAGAAAGAAAAGGUUACCAAACUCAACAAGAAAAAUGCUGAGAAGACCAAGUCCUCAGAAGUUCAGAGGAGCUAUGUCAUAUGUCAUCAGGAAAGACAAGAGAAGGUAGAUUUUGUUCCAAGGAAUCCCACGGAACUAAGAGAGAACGCAGAUGGAAAAGAGGGUCCGUGCACAGAAAGUCUGGAGAGACAAGAAAGCAACAUCCUGGGAGAUAACCAAGACCCUGAGGAUAAAAAUGGAUGUCUGUUUCUCAAAGGAGGGAAACGUGGGCUUCCUUCUAAGGAAGACAGCAGAGGAACAGAAGCCGAGAACGCAGUUUCAACAGCGGCAAGUGAAACAGCGCUGGACAAAGGUUCACCUGGAAAUCAGCACGUGGACGGGACGAAUGGUGGCCCAUCCUCUGAAAGGUGCAUCGGUAAUAUAAAGGCCAUUUCUACACCAGGAAUCCUGGGAAAUUCGGCGUCAGGACCCACUUUCCAGAACGCUGAACAGACAGAGUCUUCUGGUAGCAGUAAGCGCAGAGUGGCAGAGGAGUGUUUCCUAAGCGAGGACAACAAAAAGAGCAGAAUAGAUGUAGUGAGUGUGGGGGAAGAGCCCACGGUCAGGACAGAGGAAGCCAGACAAGCCUGGAGCCCAGAUGACAGACUCCAGGAGGGAAUGAGCCUCCAUCCAAGAGAGCAAGCCCCAGCGGUCCCACUGGAUGAUGUCCCCGCUCCUGCAGCCCCAUUUGAUCACCGGAUCGUAAUGGCCAAACACGCUGCCGUAGACAGUCUGUACGCCGUGAGCAAAUCUGAGAUCCUAGGAGGGGGGCGUUUUGGCCAGGUUCACAAGUGCGAAGAGAAAGCAACGGGCCUGAAGCUGGCUGCUAAAAUCAUUAAGAUCAGAAGUGCAAAGGACAAGGAGGAUGUGAGGAAUGAGAUUAGCAUCAUGAACCAGCUGGACCACGUGAACCUCAUUCAGCUCUAUGAUGCCUUUGAGUCCAAGCAGGACAUCAUCCUCGUCAUGGAGUAUGUGGAGGGUGGGGAGCUGUUCGAUCGCAUCAUUGAUGAAAACUGCAACUUGACAGAGCUGGACACCAUCCUGUUCAUGAAGCAGAUCUGUGAGGGGAUACGGUACAUGCACCAGAUGUACAUCCUCCACUUGGAUCUCAAGCCUGAGAACAUCCUGUGUGUGAAUCGGGAUGCUAAGCAAAUAAAAAUUAUUGAUUUUGGAUUGGCCAGAAGAUACAAACCCAGAGAGAAAUUGAAGGUGAACUUUGGAACCCCAGAAUUUCUUGCCCCUGAAGUUGUGAAUUACGAUUUCGUUUCCUUUCCUACAGAUAUGUGGAGUGUGGGUGUCAUCACAUACAUGCUACUCAGUGGCUUGUCCCCGUUUUUGGGAGAUAAUGAUGCAGAGACGCUGACCAAUAUCCUGGCAUGCAGGUGGGAUUUAGAAGAUGAAGAAUUUCAGGACAUCUCAGAGGAGGCCAAGGAAUUCAUCUCUAAGCUCCUCAUUAAGGAGAAGAGCUGGAGAAUAAGUGCCAGCGAAGCUCUCAAGCACCCUUGGCUGUCAGACCGCAGACUCCACUCCAGACUGGCCCAGAAGAACUCUAACUCUGGUGCACAGAACCUCACGACCAAAUAACUUGAGGAGCGAGCCUAUUCCAAAGGAAAACUGCUGCGGUUGCUGCUGCUUUGAGAAGACUUCUGGAAAAAUCAGCAGUUCUGGUGCCUUGACCCUUGUGAUGACUGGCAGCCAUAGCACGGGCAGCCGUGAACUUGAACUUGGAGAGGCUUUGCUGUGCUCAGUGGGCGAUCCAGGCGGUUCCCUAGGGGCUCAGGCAGAUGGCCACACCCCACUUAGUGCGCAGAGGGGGAAGAUGUUGCUCUGCCUCCUCGACUUCUUGUGUUUGUUUGUAGUUUUGGAUGCUAGUGCGGCAGCAGGUACACUAUGCUGUUUUUCAGGCUACCAGAGCAAAGCUUGAAAUGCAUAAAUCUGGAGGAUACAUUUGGAGAGAGAAAAUGGCUUCCGGUUGUUGCACUGUGCUUUUCAAGUGGGCAGUAUCACCAGAAAAUGUCUAAGGUUUGGGCACUUUGAUUUGCAUUUCUUUGUGAUCUGAAAUGGGAUGAAGUCAAUGGAAAAUUUACUUGCUGGAACAUAAGGCCUCUAAGGCAAGAGACUUCACACAGGGCACCUUCUGUGUAUUCUCAACUUUCUCCCAAGUGCAACAGUUUCUACCCAAUGGCUGGUUCCAUGUUCAGAUUCAUACCAUACCUUUUCACAGAGUGCCCUUUGCUCUGGUCUAACGGGCAAGUUCAUCCCCAUUAAACAUGGUGGUUUGGGGACAUGAUGCAAAGGGGUCUAUUUGUGGUUAGUCCUUAAAAUGAUGACCUUCAAAAGAUAGUCACGAGAACUUCCUUCAAGCCCUAGAUGUCACCAGUAGGAGAUGGAUCUGUGCACCCUGGGGAAGGACAAUGCUCAGAUUGCAGUGUUGGUGACUAGAAAGUGGCUCUCCAGCUUCUGGGUAAACUGAAUUUAGAAAACCAAUAAUCAUAAUUAUGCAAAUUCACAGCUUUGCAAAUUCUCACAGGAGUCAAUAGUUGUAGGGAGAUAAAUAAGGAAAACUGAUUUCUGGUUGCAAACUGUUUGUUGUUGUUGUAGUUAAUUUUGAAACAGGGUCUCAUUGUGUAGCCUUGGCUGGUUUGCAACUUGCUAUGUGGACCAGGCUGGCUUCAAACUCAUAGAUACCUACUUGUACCUGCUGCAGAGUUGUGGGCUGCAAACUUCCUAUUUCCUAGCACAUGGGCUAUUUUCUGUCAGAUGUUUAAUAAGGAACGUGAGCAUUACUGUAGGUGACAUUUAAGGGACAGAAAGCUUUGGGGCUACAGAAAGCAAAAUAGGCAACAUUUUUGUACGAAGACAGAACUUUGCAAAGCUUCCUGAAAAUGCAGUGCUUCCUUCCUUCCCUUCUCCCUUCCUUCCCUUCUUCCUAUUCCUCUUCCUCUUCCUCUUCUUCUUCUUCUUCUUCCUCUUCCUCUUCCUUCUCCUCCUCUUUCUCUUCUCCUUCAAAAAGAACACAUACCCCCCCCACACCCCCACCACACAAACACAGGAGCAGGGACAAAUAAGCAGAGUUCUGACUUCAAUGUUCUAUUACUGUGCUAUGCUUAGCUGAUACUAUUCACUGAAUAUGGAAAAAAUACAAGCCAGUGCAUGCAUUAAUGUUCCUUGACCACAGCAGGUUGGCACUCACUCAAAUGCUAAAUGGGGCACAAGGGUCUGGUUGGAAACCCUGCAUGGAAGGGCAUUUUCAGCUCUAAGCAUGGACUCUUCCCCCAGCUCGGGGCACAGAUCUUCUGAGAGACAUCAGCUUUCGUUCUAACUCAUGUUGGCAGACACUUGGGCCUGCCACAUGUGGAAGGGACAGCUUAGGUCACAUACAGGCAUGAUUUUUUUUGGCCACCUGAAUCUAUAUGAUGACCCCACAAUUAGUUGGUAUGAUUUCUUUAGCUUUUGUUUUCCAAGGCUUAGAAAGGAGGCUGCUGGGAGUGGCUCUUCCAAUGUGCAGUUAAGCUUGUGCAUUUCAGUAAGAAAGGUGGGUAGCCCCAUGCCAGCGGCAGCAUUUUAUAGCCGAGCUCAGCCACCAAAUGAUGAUUGCAGACUGAGUUACAGAGGUGCAGGAGCCGACCAGUCUGUCUUCUCUUGUCCCCUCCAUCCACACUGCUGCUUCAGCGUAACUUGCUAGAUGUCAGCCGUGGUGGGAAAGGAGCUUCGCAAAGCCAGGGAAUCAAGCCAGAUGCCCGUGUGGACUCGGAAGUGGAGCCUGUCUGCUCUGGGGCUCUUGUCAUCAACUUUUCCAAGGGGUCAUAAGAUUUUGAGGGACUGUCUGCCCUCCACCCUCUUCAUGAACAGGAGGGCUCCGCUCAUCUCCCUCUGAUGCCUGGAGAAGUUGUUUUCUUGAGCAUCACAAGGCAGCAAUGGGCACUUCCUGCUGUUCAGAGAGAAAUACCCUGCAAAUAACUUUGAUAUGUGUCCAUGUUCAGAUUUUCGGAAGACAGUAACACUUACCCAGAUAUUUAAGAACAAGAAAGAAGGGGCGUAUGUUUUCAUUCGCUUCACAAAAAUACUCUGGAAGAAAUUUCUCUGACAUAGCUUAGGGCAAAGCUUUACAGGUAACACGUAUGUACUGAGACCCAAUAGUUUAAUGUUGGUGGCUUUUUGUCAAACUGAUAUUAAUUUAUUUUGUUUCUUUAAGAAUGUAAAUAGGCAUGUAUAGUUUGAUGUUUUGAAGAACAUGUGUGUGCUUGUGGAAAUUAACAGUCAAUUUUCUUCUUGUUUUGGAACAGAAAUAUGGAUUUUAUACUAAGGAAAUGAAAACUACACUCUUAACUCAUUCCUUCUCCUCCCCCUGCAUCCCUACUGCUCCCCUUUACUUCCUCGCCUGGGCAGUGGGGUGCCAAUGUACAUACAUGUGCUUGUUUAGCUUGGGCUGUGGGCCAGCUCAUUUGGAAAAUUUAUUUAUGAAAGUAUAAGCAAGAGGGGGCGGCAGGGGCCUGUGGGCUGCAGUGGUUAAGCUCGGCUCCACCAUCCCUGUGGGCCUCACUGGCUGGAGCUCAUUGCCCAGUGUCUCCAGAACUCAGACACUGUGCUUGCUUCUUAAAUUUUUUCUUCACUUGUUUCUUUUUCUUUAGUUAGAACGAAGUCUGUCUUCUUCAUUAUGAUAUUCCUCUAAGAGCCAGCCAGCCUAUCUGCAGGCCUGCCUCCUCCCUCCCUCUUUCCUUCCCUCCCUCCCAUCCUUCUGUCCUUCCUUCCUCCUUCUUUCUUUCAUGCUAGAAAUGGACCCCAGGACCUUAUACAUGCUAGGCACAUGCUGUACCACCGAACUGCACAUCAACUCCCCCGUGACUUUUUGAGAUGAAAAUUUAUUUUCCAAAUGGCAAAGUGCUUUCGGUGCCACAGGAAGGUAGAUAAGUGACACAUUCGAUGCUGGCUUUCGGGGUCAGAGUGUGUCCUUGUGCGACUUGCAGUUUCCCCAAUCAGAAGUCCCCCACAUGUCGUCUCGCCCCAUUUUGGUGAGGUGUGUUUUUAUACGUGAUCUUUCUAUAUGGACAGUCUCACCUUCCAUGAAGACAUGUAAAGGAUGUGACCACCCACUCAAAGAGCAGCAGACACCUAACCCUGAGUGGAGAAGCUGGACAUGUGUGCAUUUUGCUGUCGCCUUAGCUGACAGAUGUCCGUGUGUCCUGAAGAGGUUCAUUCAUGCAGAUCAGAACUGGAGUGGAUUGUGUGAUGACUUCAUAUGUCAUGUAUAUUUUUAAAUUCUGAAUGGAGUAUGAACAUUUGGCUGUAUUUCUUUGCCUUAUGAAGGUGUAUUGUAAGUCAUAUAUAUGUAUUAUUUUGAAGAAC